AUGUGGAGUAGGCCUGCCGUGGGAGAAAGCUUGCUGGCGGUAAUGAAAGGGGCCAGUGGCUGGGGAAGGUCCCCCGCACAUCUAGACGCACUCGAGGUUGAGAAUGACAUGCCAAGCUUUCUGCAUAUCAAGCAGGGUGCUAUAUGGUAG